AGCCGUUCAGUGAGUGUACACCGAUAAAGGAAUGCGGACGACACCAUCAGCGAAACCUCAUCAGGCGACAGCUUUGGUGCGGUAGUUGAGUGUGGUGACCACCAUCAGUCAGCCAGUGAAUCAGUUUUUUUCCUUGUGCUAUUUGUUGGUUCCGUUUCCUUCCGGAAUAUCCCACUUCCAGUGUGCGUGUGUGUAUGUCCCGCUAAUGCAAAAUCUGCGGAAAACCGUCCCGUGUGGAAUUUAAAAAUAAUUGUGUAGUGAGCGAUGCCUAUGGAUCUGAAAUUUGAACUAUUCUGAGAGGAAGAAAAGUUUGGCCUUUUCCUUAAUUCCUAUUGUCGGGAAACCUCGCUGAACCGUGAAGCACUGCCUGCUGCACAAGGACCACUCGAGAAAAAAAAAUCCUAGCAAAGUGAACCGUGUACUGUGAGUCCCAGCACUGGGGAUAUGUGAUAGUUUCAAAAAAUUGGUGGUUCUUAUAGUUUGCGACGAAAAAAUCUUCGCAGUGGGAUUGGUUUUCCUUUUUCCAAGGGAUUCUGCUAGUGCUGCUGCUUCUUCUUCGUCGUCGUGACAGCAGUGUGUUCUUGGUAUUAUUCCUCGCUGCUGGUGCUGGCACUUGCUGUUCUCUUUCUCACUCUCGGUGUGUUUAUAAUAAAUUCGUUGCUGAUUUUGUCGUCUGGUGGCGCUGCCACUGACUGGAUGGCCUAGUGCGUGUGUGAAAAUGUAGGCUAUACAGAGCUCAAUAAAAUCUGGCUCCAAAAAAGAAAAACGCUCCACAACCUGUACGAAAUCGUUGAGUGGAAAAAUGCAGCUGUAUUUGUAAGGAUGGCCUACUCCUGUUGGUUGGGUAACUCAGCCGUUUCGAGUACCGCGAAUUAGAAGUAGUGGAACAGCCACAGGAACAGAGCACGAAGAGCGAUUAAGCGAUCGAAGGAGGCUGGCGGAAAAACAACAAGCGAAGAGAAGUGCUGGUAUUUUGGUCGUGUUAGUGACGAAUGUUGAAAGAUUUUUCCCUAAAGCACCAACAAGGGUCAGUUGCAGCGAGAAGAGCGUGAGUCACGAUUUUUCCGCGAGUGAGAGAUUGGCAGGAGCUAGUGAGUGCUUUUUCGGGGGUGAAAAGAGUUCCCUAGAGCAAAUAGUUGGCAGUGAAGUAGCGCUUUAAUCAGUGACCUCGUAGUACGCAUGAGUUGUGAUAUCGAUUGAUUGCGCACGCAAACCCUUUGCUCUCGCCGCGCCAUCUAUCUGUACUGUAAUGCCGUUUGGGGCCAUCAUCGAGAAGCAGGGAUCGGCAUCCUGCAGCGCGUACCGUAACCGCGGAUGAGCGAAAAGUUUGACGGACCGUUAUCAGUAGCCGUCCUAGAAUCGCGGUUCUCGUCCUAUUCGAAGGAAUUCCGACCAGCAGGGCCUUUUCGGUCGCGAGUGGUGUGUGAAAAAUCUAGUACAACUGUGUGCGAUCAAGAUGGCCGCAAGUGUUCCACGACCAGUGAUGAGAAACAGUGUUACAACCAGCAGCAUACCGUGUUCCGUUGCACCAGUGCAGCGAUACCACUAAGAAGCAUACGCAAGGACGUUAGAAAACUGAGAUGAUGGGGCCAUGAGCCCGAGCCCCGAGGUCAUCAAGAGUCGCAAGUGCGUCUCAAGCGGGCCUGCACCAUGCUAGCGCCGCCGAACCCGAGGUCAAUAUGCGGCCAGGACCCGGGCUGGUCGUGAUGGCGCUUGCGUUUAUUUCGGGGGCUCGGCGAGGCACCAGUCAACAGAGCAGUGCCAGUCAAGGUAGCAAGUUGGGCAAAUUUGAGGAAGACAAUACGGAAGCACUAUCACGGAUAAAUCCGUGGUUGUCAGCGUGCGAUCUGGCGCAACCCAACUCAGCACCGGAUCUCCAGGGUCAAUGUUCAGCCGGUACACUGCCUGUGGCCUGGAUAGACGAAGGUCCUGGUCCACCGCGGUGUCCACCGCCAUGCAAGGCCAAGUCUAAUAAUAAAAAUAGUAAUUAUAAGCCAAACAAUAUUGAUAAUACUAAAUAUAACAUGGAGAACCGGUUACAUGAUAAACAACAGUGCCUUGACUAUUUGGGCGAUAAUGAAGAGUUAAGUCCAGCACAAAUUUGUAAAAAAUCGUCACAAAGUAUUGAGACCAAGUUGAAAACGUUACGUUUAAGACAUUGUUGUGAACGUACUGUUGGCAGCGCGCUGCACAACGCGGCCUACGCCGGGGUGCUGCGCGGUGGUUCAGAAUGUGUUAGGAUGCUGAGUGACCUGCUGGAGACGGAUGCACUGGCCGCCCGGAUCACCUGCGAGUUCACCGAGGUGCUGGUGCGGUACGACUGCGGACAGCCGUUCUCGAUCAUCCACCACUGCGAGGACUGUAAGGAGGCAUAUCGAAGGUGGGGCUGCAGUAUGCUUCUGCCGUUGUUUACGACCAGCGACGAAGUGGCCAGCGUGGAUGCCAUGACGGAAGAAAGCAACAGCAACAGUCCCCGCAGUGGAGCGAGUGGCAGUACCAGCAGCGGUAGCAGCAGCAGCAGUAACAAAAGUGUUAACAAUAAAACCGGAAUCGACGGUGACCGGGCGUUCCGCGGUAACUCGAAUGCCAACUAUCGCGGGAACAUCCCGAACAAGCAGACUGAACCGAAUUUGAACGAUGCGAAUAAGCAGCAACUAGUAAAAAAUAUAUCAAUCACUGUGAAAAGUUCACGUCGAAAAACGCAACGAGUACGAAUACGACCGUGUCUAGACGUAUGUCAAACCGUGGAGCAAAAAUGUCCGUACAUGCUGCCGGGUGAUCGAGCACCAGCCUAUCCUACGCAAUAUGCAGGCGAGCCGACUUUUCUGUGUCGAGAUCUCAACAUUGAAGAAACAGGCGAGCAGCAGCAGAAGUCGAACAGUGGGCCGGUUAACUGCUGUUACGACUACUGCGGACUGAGCCCUCACGACGGCAUCUGUACGAAAUGUGAUCCUUUGCUGUACGACGAUGACGACUUCGAGGAGGGCAUCAGUGACAAUGAGGCUACGGCCAAAGGAAAACCGUAUGAGAAGCUGGCUGUCGCAAACAGCACGAACUCUAGCACUAAUGCCAUCAUUAUCAGCAGUAGCAGCAGCAGCAGCAGUAGCGGUAGUAGUAGUAGUAGUAGUAGUAGUAGUAGUAGUACCAGUAGGACAAGUAAUUUAGCCGAGCUAAGAUUCCACAGCGAGCUGCCGCCCCGAUUAGCCACGUGUCCGAGUAUAACAAGCGCAACAAUCCCGUCAACACAAUCGGAGCAUUGCAAAUCAGCGCAGCAGCUGCUUUCCCAACAACAGCAACAACAACAGCAACAACAACAACAGCAGCAGCAACAAUCUACCGCCGUCUCCAUCGCCGGCAAAAGUACUACUGCUGCUGCACUCUCGGUGGCAACUCCGAAACCGACGCCUCCGGUGGCGCCCACGUCCUCUUCAGCAUCAUCGCUAGCAUCAUCGUCGUUAUUUAUUAAACUAACUAAUAUAAAGUCGAUUUAUAGCACUUACUUUAAUAACUCGUGGACGAUGAGGCUACGCUGUCUAGACGAAUUUGUCGCAUGGACAAAGAUCCUGCUUCAGCUGGCCGGGUUAUAGUUAAGGUGAUACCAUGGGCGCUAACGACGCUAAGUCAAGAUGCACUCACACCGGCACACACGUACACCGAAAAUUAACUGUGUGUUGAACGAAGAGAAAAAUACUACGAAAAUUCCAACAACCAAUGAGAGGAAAACACAGCGCCAGAUUCGUGAAAGCGAAAAGGUUCGCGAAUCCGCUUGUGUAACAUAUAUAAGCAAAAUAAACAACAAAUGAUUAACAGAACAAAGCACAAAGUUUUCCGCACCCCAGCGGAAUCCGCGAGGGAGGAAAUGGCAGGCCGAGAAGAUGAAAACACGAUAAUAAUAGCCAGGGAAAACAAGGAUUUUGGGGCAUUUGAAUUGGAAAACAAUUCGAAUUAGUGCGGUGCAUUUUCGCUGCACAUAGUAAAACAAUUGUGGAAGAAUCGCAUUUCUAUUGUGAGAUGGGUGAUGGUUUUUGCCGGGAAAGGGGGGCUGGGGGGUAAGGACAAAGCAUAAUGCUUUCGGCAGAUUUUGGAUCGUGUGCGGGGCAGGGCCGAGGGAUUUUGCCUCGAAGACGUUCAAAGAUGUGAGGCAGAAUAAAAUUAUUAUAAUAAUAUGGACAGUUUUAGGAGACAUAUGAAAAAAAUUACUAAUUGUUAAGCAAAGUGAGAAAACUAAUAGACGUAAACGAAAGCUAACAGUAGAAGAGGAUAAGAAAUGAAAAGGUUCAACAAAAAUGUUUUUACAAGAUUAAACAAGACACGUGUAAGCAAGCAAAUAUUUUUCGAGUUCGAUUUAUUUUUGCGUCGUUAAGUUUCAACUUUUUUCGAGCGUUUUAGUGGAAUGCCGAAGCAGAGCUGAUAGCGAGGCUGGACGAUGGAAAACGGAUGUUUUGUUCGAGUUUUUUCGUGAUUCUGCGGAGGUAUCCGAAAGGCAACGGUGUUACAGUAAGAGCCGGAACUGUGAAACCAGUUUUUAGUCGCUGCUAUUAUAAUUAGUCCGUCAAUUUAUACAACAACCGUUGUAGUUGAACAUAGUUUUACCAAUUAGAGGAAGGUGGAACUACGCAAAUCCGGAGACAGACCGUUGCAUCGUAGACCCUGGUGGUCCCGACUGAACCACCCUUUCUCUCCGGAUAUGUGAACGAAUUUGAAUGCCAUGUUAAAAAAACAAAUUCACCUGAACCCCUCUAUUCAGUUAACUGUGUAAGCUAAAUGCACUAGUGGGAAUUAGUAGCCAGCAGUUUAUCAACUUUUAUACUCGUUGUUGAGGAACAUGUCGAAAAAAUUGUUUUUCUUCACACACAUACACAACUACAUGUGAGAGCACACAACGCUGUGCAGAGGACAUAAAGCUAGAACCUAUCGUAAAUUGUAACCUUAGAUCGAACAACUAAUCGGCCAUCUUGUUUGAAAACAUUGUACCGCUCUUAAAACUAUUGCAACGUCCUGGGCAUGACCUGGGAGGCCGGCGGUUGGCCUUCCUCUCGCGCCAAACUGCAGACUUGGUCGGUAGCCACUGCAGACAUCCAUACACACGCAAACAGGACCAGCUAGUAGUGUAAAAAAAAUAACGAACGGCCCGAAGAAAUCCAAACAGCAACAACAAACCAACAACAACAACAACAUCAACAAACAUCUUGAGGCCAGAUGUGAUGGCCAAACCCCAAGGGUAAAACCUAAAAAUAAUAAUAAAACAAAAUUGUUAACGUUCGAAAGCCAUAUUUUUAGCAUUUAAAUAGUAAUUAAAACAAAUGAAACUAUAAUCAAUAUUUGUUACAUAAAUGUGAGAUUUAAUGAAGGCAAAACCCAGACAGAAAAAUAAAUAAUUAAAUUAAUGGACUACUGGGAAAAGGGAAGGAAAUUAAUAGCCUAGAAACACAAUAAAAGAAACCCAACACUAGAACAUCCAACGUUUAUCGCAGUUGAAGGGGCGAUCGUACAGAACACAGUAACACACAGAAGAAAAACAAAAAAAAACUAGAAACGUCAUCAAGUUGUAAUGUUAAUCGUGUAGGUCAAGUGGUAACCCAAAACAAAAACAAAAAAAAAGCUGUAAAAAAACAAAAUGAAGAAAGAACUAAAGCCGGAAAACGUCGAGCAGAGAAAACCCACCCAAAGUUUUUUCGACAUUUCGUUUACGACUUUCGUAGGGCGAAGCAAGGUGUUGUUGAUUUAUUUGUACUGAUUAUUACCAGAUAUAUUUUCGAGAAUUUAUUUUUAUAUAGUGAAGGCAAAUGGUAAAAUUAGAGAUACAAUUCUGACAUUUUGACAUUAGAUAAACAGCCAUGGCCGGUAAGGGCUGACGUGUAGAAGAAUGUAACAAAUACGUUAAGCUAAGAAUUAUUAGUGAAGAAAAAAAAACAAGGCGAAAAAAGAAGAAAAAAUAUCCAGUGAACAAAAAAACAACCUAGAGUGUAUAGAUUGAAAUUUGUACUAAUUUAUAUAGGAGUAAACAAUAACAAACAGCACUCUCUCUCGCACACAGCAACAGAAGCAGCAGCAGAAGAGCUCGUUUGUCGAAGCACUAUGUUUGUACAGUAGAAGAUAUUAAAAUCACGACGGGAAAUUGUUUCGAAGCAUUUAGAAUUUGUGCAACGGAGAAGAAAAAAAACUAUUGUUGGAAAAUGACAACCUCCGAGGAAGAGUUCAGUUCCAAACCCCCUUUCGGAACACUUGAUUUUCCUUCGUUCGAACUAUAAACAAAAUCAUACACUCACAACCACAAGAAUACUUCCACUCGAAACUACUACAUACUACUUAGAACUAACACUAACAACGGAAGAAAUUCACGAAAGACGUUCUUCCUGCGUGAAGAUUACAAACCAAAAAAAUAAUUGAUUCCAAUUAUCUAUUAGAGAGCGGUAAAAUUACAGCCCCCCACAGCGGUGGAGUUAUGUAAACAUAAAAGAAAACGAAAAAAAGAAAUCAAAUCUACUACGUAUAGGCAAGUAUAUCUCUAUCUAAGAACACACUAUAACUUAUCACUAUCUCGAAUGUGGAAAUGAUGAACGUGGAUGGUGGCCAGCUAGUGGCCGUCUGCCCCGGUGGGAGAAUGAAGUUGGCUUUCUGCGAUUUAGCCCGAAAACAAAACACAAAAAAACCAAGCAAACAAACAAUGAAAAGUCGAAAACCAGCACAAAUCUUCUCGCUUCUUGUACUAGAACAACAAUAUACGAUCAAAGCAAACAAACAAAAGUAGGCACAUGUAUCAAUCACUCACUCACUCAUUUUUCACUCAGAGCGGAUCUGGUUUUAUCGUUUCUGCUAUUUUUCUACUAAUCAGCUUGAACAUACCUGUUGCGGAAUUCGAAACUGGAAAUUAGAAAUAAAAAUAAAACUUGCAAUAUGGUUUUUUAACGCAGCAACUAGCGAACAAAAAAAUCACACAUAAAGACACACGGAUUCCAUAACAUAAAGAAGCAACAGAAAACCGAAAUAAAAUCGUAAUGUUCAGUCAGAACGACACAACAAAAUCGCGAAAGAAGCUUUACAGGGGAUUUAUGAAAAAAUAAUAAAAACAAUAUAAACAGAAAACAAACCAAAUUCGUUCAUAGGUGUUGAUAGGCAGAUUGCAAAAAAAUAAUAACGACACAAACCAACCAAUACCAACCAACCAACCAACCAGAGCAGUAAUAGUAGCUAAAUUCUUUAAAGAAACAACAACAAAUAAGUUCUCUAAUCAUUGUAAUGGUUUGGUUUUUCUGCGCGUACGGUCCCAUAGUUGUGUAGCAUUACUUUUUUGGGUUACACGCACCGGAACGAAACGGACACAAGCGCAUAGCCCUGACCUAGUAGCAACAACCGAACACGCACCGAAUUGAUUAACCUUUAAACGGAUACAGUGAAAUCAUAGAAUCAUACGCACACUUACGCGAUAUUUUGUUGGUGGAUUUCUGUCUUUAGUGUAUGCCGUUCGUUUUUGGCUAGUGAAUAGGUAUAGUUGGGUUUGGGUUGAAGUGAUGCACGGUUUGAGAAUUUUACAGCAUCAUCCGGGAUACUCUAGAUAGUUAUAUUUUUUUUUGCUUUUACUAAAGAUGGUUUUAACCUUAGGGUUACACGCCUAAUUUUUCUGGGUUGAGUAAUUGCUAACCCUAUGUGCGGGGUUGGAACUCGAACCUAAGUGAGCUGCGUACAAGGCGAUCGAGUUACGAACUCUGCUAUGCCCGCCUAAUUUGAAAUCAUUACCAUGAGCAAGAUCGCAUCAAAAUACUGAACAGAAUUCACUUUAUUAGUAUCCAAAAUCUUUCCUCUUUAUUGACACUAGUUCAUGCACGCCUUCUUGUUCGCCUCCUUUUCCUUUCCUCUCUCCCUUUCUUGCAUCUCUUCACACUUCAUAUUUAGAAUCUCCCACCCUAUGAUCAUGUUAUUGAUCAGGCACCAUGUCUUUUUUCUUUGUCAUAGCUACAAGAACCUACCACCCUACUUCAACUUUUUAGAUUCUAGUAAGCGACAUAACCCAUAAAUUUCGUUGACUGUUGUCACUUACGUUGGGAUCGUGACUGUUCUUGUUGAAGUUGAACGGUGCCUUUGUAGACCAGAACGGAGUAGUAAUUGAAGCAUAACGCUCGGGGAUGGAAACCAAUAUGCAUUUUUGGCAGUUUUUCUUUUCGAAGUUCUUCGUAUCUGCACCCAAUUUGGGUCAGUAAACAAUUAUCUUCAGGACUGGUUUCCGCAAACCAGCUAGAACUCUUGUUUGGUUUCCACGUAGCCGUACACCCCCAACCUCGUUGAAAAAUGGUUAUGCUUUCUGCAUCGUCUUGAGUUUCACGGAGUAGUUCAUCCCAAAAAGUUGCAACAGAUUCGGAGCUAAUCGUUGCAAUUUUGGUGUACAAUAAUCUCUUCAACCGAAUCAAAAGGUUCUAGUACGACGUUUUAAUCCCCUAGAGUAACUUAAAGCAUUGCAAUCUUAGCACCCACCGCUAAAUCCUAGAACACGUUCGAGAUCAAGGUUUGCACUAAUAUACAAGAGCUUUGCAAUCCGUAACCAAGUCAAAUUUUCGACCCAAAACAUGGAAUUUUACCACUGCGACCACUAUUCAGGUUAUCUUUUGUGGCUGCCCCUGUUUGCUCUACAUGUUACAAGUUGCCCGAAUCCAAUGUAGUUAGAAGCGAGUUGUUUGUCCCAGCCGGGUAGUAAAUCGUUAAUGUAGCUAAGGAUCCGUUUGGGACAUGUAUGCCAUACCUAGUGAGGCGUCAUAAGAUGCCUCCCGAAAUAUCGCUCUCUUCGAAGAAAUAGUACUACACAAUGGCAGAGAAUAUGUUCCGAGCUCUCGAGCUCGUAAUUACAGAAGCGACAAUUGUCAUCUUGACUUUUGUCAAUUUUUUUUCAGAUGAUACUUAGCAGAACAAUGUUCCGUAAAUAAUCCGUAAAUCUUUUCGUUUUUGACCCACUAGUUUCUAGGCGCUCGUUGUAUCUAGAUGCAUGAAUUUCUUAGCUUGUCGAGCGCCGUCUACGUUACGCCAGUCGUUUAGUAGUUUGUCUCUUACCCUAGCCGAAAGUUCUAGUUUGAUUGCUCAUGUUUGAUGAAGCACGCCUGGUUAAUUCGUCGACCACUUCAUUACCUUCGAUUCCUUGGUGGCCCGGUACCCAGAAUAUCAUUACUUUAUUCCGAGUUGCCAGUUGUAAAUAUGCGUUCCUGCACAUUUCGACGACCUUAAAGCAAACAGUGCUGCUUGGCUGUCCGAUACUUUCCUACAGACCUCCGAGUAGGUGUAUAUUGCAUAUACCUCUGCCUGGAAAACUGUAGGCCACUUUCCCAUUGAUAUCGCUUCUUUAAUUCUUGGUCCGUAGAGCCAGUCAGCUCACCCAUUUUAGAACCAUCCGUACAUCCCAUGUCCCCCCCAUUUUAGAACCCCCUAUAUCCCAUAUCUGAUGAUCCACUGUGUGGACCUCAUAUGAGAUAUCAAAGUUCGAUUUAGCCUCCAUUUUAUCUUGAACUGUAGUCAAGACACGGUUUAGUUUGAGUUCCUUUAUUAUACUAAGGUGACCGUUUAAAUCCCCAUCAAAUAGUGGUUUACCCUUUAGCACUCUCAGAGAGCCAAGUCUCGCCUAUCUCAUAACAUGUUUGUGCAAUGAAGGAAGAUGCAGCAUGGCUUAGCUGUAGUGGGUGUUGAUUUCAUAGCGCCUGUGAUAGAGAGGCAGGCAGAUCUCUGAACUUUAGUUAGUUUAGCUUAGGCGGUCCUUUGCUUAUCUUUGGGCUACCACACAAUAGAGGAAUAAGUAAAUUGUGGUCUGGCGAUGGUCGUGUAGGACCAGUAAGUCAAACUCGGUUUGAAACUCCAAGUUUUCCUGAAGAGUCUAAUGCAUGCCUUCAGUGUUGUUGUUGCUUUAUUAACGGCGUAUGUCAGGUGUUAGCUCCAAUUCAGUUUUUUGUCCACGAUAACACCUAGAAGUUUCUCUUCUUCUGCGUAGUUGAUUGUAGUUCCACUGAGAGUUGGGGUAACCAACUUCAGUUUUGAUGAUGAAGUUCAGGACUAAUUGAAUCCGAUCGCUUAGUACAGAUUAAUGUUUUCCCCUCACAAUUAGGAUAAUGUCAUCUGCAUAUCCGUUAAUUCCGAAACCAACUUCAGUCAUAUCAUUGAGAAGAUCGUCCACCACUAGCGACCAGCGCAGGGGUGAUAGCGGACCUCCCUGGGGACAGCCUCUAUUGGCUCUAUUUCAUAUCCUUGGUUGUCAGUCUGUCAGCAUCGCUCCUAGUUCCGCAGGGCACUGCCAUUCUAUCACAAGCCUUGUAGAAUCCGAGGCUUCCAAUAUCUGACAUUACCACUUUUAAAGCUAGGAAUGAUGUUUCAUGGUUGGAUUUAGAAGAGAACUUUAUCCCCUUUCUGGUCAACUCUACCAAGAGUUAACCAAGAGUGACCAAUUCUUUCAUGUUGAGGUAGAUAAACUAUGGACUCAACCUUCAGACGUCAUAAAAAAAUGGCAACAACAUCUAGAUAUCAGACGGUUUUAUAUCAGAUACUGUGAUCUUAUGGCUAAGAAAUUCCAAUUCUGUUAGCAUGAACUGACAUUUAUCCAAAUUCAAUGUGGCCCCUCGUUCCAUGAGCUGUGCCAUAAUCUAGCAUCCUACUCUCCAAGAGUUUUAACCGGGUUCGCGAUGGUAGGUAUAAAUACGUUAGGCACAAUGUGACGAUCGGCAUAAUGUACGUUUGGCAUAAUCGAGGAUAGGAAUAAUUUACAAAAAAUGUAUAGCUUUUAUUUAUUGUAGAAAUGUUAACCCUAGGCUCGUUUUUCGGGUUAGAAAAACCUAUUUUUGCUACACAAUCCUCUCGUAUAGCAUUAACGAGAGGUUGCAAAUGAGCAAUAAUACGCAAGUUGUUUAAUCCAUAAAGGCGUAAAAAAAUUAUCCAUUUGUCCAUGUAAUUGCAGAAAUAGGGCUGGAGAAAUCGUAAUGUAAGUGAAUUUUUUUUUAUUAAAACACAAUUCAAGCCUGUUGGAUAUAUUUCAGUUUCAACUGUAAUUGAUGAUCAAUGCACAAUGAACAUCAACAUUUUAUGUAUUUAUUUUAGAGACUUCAACUUUAAGCUAGUUCGGCUACAAACAACAAAUAAUUUUCGGAAUUGCUCGAUGCUCCAUGCCAUCGUCGUCGAAAAAAGAGCUUCGUUUAGCUAUACACCAACAUGAUAGUUUAUGACUAACGUCCAUUAUACCAAUCUUCCAUUAUGCCUAACGUGUUUAUGCCUCAUGGGAUACUCCCGUUUUACCUAUAUCCCUUAUAUGGAAACGUCGAGAUACCAAUACAAUGCAUGCCCUAGUAACCACAAAGAAUGUCAUUAAUGAUUCUUCGAAAACUCUUUGGGACCGUUACUAUGCCAAAAGGCUGCCUUUUGAACCUAAGCAGUCCCUUUUUUCUGGAUCUCGAGAAUUCACAGCAACUUAGAAAGAAGAAACUCUUUUUAUUUAUUUAUUAACAGAUUAGGGCGAAGUGGCCUGUGCCGUAUACAAAAGAUUCCUCCAUUCCACUCGGUCCAUGGCCGCGCGUCGUCAGCCACGCAGUCUGCGAAGGGUCCGCAAAUCGUCUUCCACCUGGUCGAUCUAUCGUGCUCGCUGCGCGCCACGUCUUCUUGUACCGGUCGGAUUGCAAUUGAGAACCGUUUUCACCGGGCUAUUGUCCGACAUUCUGGCUACGUGCUCGGCCCACCGUAGUCGUCCGAUUUUCGCGGUAUGACAGAUGGGCAGCUCCCCCAACAGCUGAUGCAACUCAUGGUUCAUUCGCCGUCUCCAUGUGCCGUCUUCCAUCUGCACUCCACCGUAGAUGGUACGCAGCACUUUCCGUUCGAAGACACCAAGUGCGCGUUGGUCCUCCACGAGCAUGGUCCAGGUCUCGUGCCCGUAGAGAACUACCGGUCUAAUCAGCGUCUUGUAGAUGGUCAACUUCGUACGACGGCGAACUCUGUUCGACCGAAGUGUCUUGCGGAGGCCAAAGUAAGCACGAUUUCCUGCCACGAUGCGUCUACGAAUCUCUCUGCUGGUAUCAUUGUCGGCGGUCACCAGUGAGCCCAAGUACACGAACUCUUCAACCACCUCGAUUUCGUCGCCAUCGAUGCAAACUCGAAGCGGGCGGUUCUCAAACUCUUCUCGUGAACCUCUUCCUAUCAUGUACUUUGUCUUCGACGUGUUGAUGGCAAGUCCGACGCGCUUGGCUUCUCUUUUCAGUCUGAUGUAGGCUUCCUCCAUCUUCUCAAAGUUUCGUGCAAUAAUAUCAACGUCAUCGGCGAAGCCAAGUAGCUGAACGGACUUUGUGAAAAUCGUACCACUCGUGUCGAUCCCUGCUCUUCUUAUUACACCUUCCAGCGCGAUGUUGAAUAACAGACACGAGAGACCAUCACCUUGCUGUAACCCUCUGCGUGAUUCGAAGGGACUCGGGAGCGUCCCUGAGACACGUACUACGCACAUCACCCGAUCCAUCGUCGCCUUCACUAAUCGCGUCAGUUUGACCGGGAAUCCGUACUCGUGCAUAAUCUGCCAUAGCUGAUCUCGAUCGAUAGUGUUGUAUGCGGCUUUGAAGUCGAUGAACAAAUGAUGUGUGGGCACAUUGUACUCGCGGCAUUUCUGUAGUAUUUGACGAAGAGCGAACACCUGGUCCGUGGUAGAUCGUUCGCUCAUGAAACCCGCCUGGUACUGCCCCACGAACUCUCUUGCAAUUGGUGAUAGUCGACGGCAUGGUAUUUGGGAGAGUACCUUGUUGGCGGCGUUCAGCAGGGUGAUUGCUCGGUAAUUACAGCAAUCCAGCUUGUCGCCCUUUUUGUAGAUAGGACACACGACACCUUCCAUCCACUCCUCCGGUAAAAUCUCCUUCUCCCAAAUCUUGGUAAUCACCCAGUGCAGCGCUUUAGCCAGUGGCUCGCCACCGUGUUUUAGUAGCUCGCUUGGUAUUUGGUCAACCCCAGCGGCUUUAUUAUUUUUGAGCCGGCUAAUCUCCUCCUGGAUUUCUUGGAGAUCCGGAGCCGGUAGUGUAAUGUCUUCCGCGCGUGCUCCCAGGUGCGUUACUGUGCCAUCCUCGUCGUCUGCUGCAUCGCCGUUCAGGUGUUCUUCGUAGUGCUGCCGCCACCUCUGGAUCACCUCACACUGGUCCGUGAGAAGAUUCCCGUUUGUAUCUCUGCACAUGUCGGCCUGUGGUACGUGGCCCCUGCGCGAGCGGUUCAACUUCUCGUAGAAUUUCCGUGUGUCUUUAGCGCGGUACAGCUGCUCCAUCGCUUCGCGAUCUCGGUCUUCCUGCUGGCGCUUUUUGGUCCGGAAAACCGAGUUCUGCCUGUUCCGUGCCUGUUUAUAUCGCGCCUCGUUCGCCCUCGUGCGGUGUUGCAGCAUUCUCGCCCAUGCUGCAUUCUUCUCUUCGACUAACUGCUCGCAUUCGCCGUCGUACAAGUCGCUUCUUCGGUCAGGGCCCACCGUACCUAGUGCAGUGGCUGUGGUGCUACAUAUGGCGGAUCGGAUAUCUCUCCAGUCAUCUUCAAGAGCAACUGCGCCUAGCUGCUCUUCCGUUGGUAGUGCCACUUCCAACUGCUGCACGUAUUCUUGAGCCACUCUGCCAUCUUGUAGCCGCUCGAUGUUUAGCCGCGGCGUUCGGCUUCGACGAGAGCUAUGCACUGUCGAAAGUUUUGAGCGCAAGCAUACUGCAACCAGGUGGUGGUCUGAAUCUAUAUUCGCACUGCGAUAAGUGCGGACGUUUGUGAUGUCCGAGAAGAAUCUACCGUCGAUUAGAACGUGGUCGAUUUGAUUUUUUGUUACUUAGUCCGGUGAUCUCCAGGUGACUUUGUGGAUAUCUUUGCGAGGGAAGAAGGUGCUUCGGAUUACCAUUCCACGGGAGGCUGCGAAGCUCACACAUCGUUGGCCGUUGUGAUUUGAUACGGGAUGCAGGCUGUUAGGCCCGAUCACCGGUCUGUACAUUGCCUCCCUUCCUACCUGCGCGUUCAUGUCGCCGAUGACAAUUUUCACGUCUCGCAGAGGGCAACCGUCGUAUGUCUGCUCCAGCUGCAUGUAGAACGCUUCUUUCUCGUCGUCGGGUCUCCCUUCGUGUGGGCAGUGCACGUUGAUGAUGCUGUAGUUGAAGAAACGGCCUUUGAUCCUCAACUUGCACAUCCUUGCGUUGAUCGGCUGCCACCCGAUCACACGUUGGCGCAUCUUGCCCAGCACUAUGAAGCCGGUUCCCAGCUCGUUGGUUGUACCACAGCUCUGGUAGAAGGUAGCCGCUCGAUGCCCGCUUUUCUACACCUUCUGUCCCGUCCAGCAAAGUUCCUGCAGCGCCACGAUAUCGAAGUGGCGGGGGUGUAGCUCGCCGUAGAUUAUCCUGUCACAUCCUGCGAAGCCGAGCGAUCUGCAGUUCCAUGUUCCGAGUUUCCAAUCGUGAUCCUUUAUUCGUCGCCUGGGUCGUUGCCGAUUGUUCUGGGUCGUAUUCUCUUCUGUAUUGUUCGUUAUGUGGGUUCUUUAAGGGGUGGCUUAUAAGGCCUACGCCAACCACCUGUCUCGCCGGUGGGCCGUCGUGCCAAGACUGGUUAAGGUCCCACCUGGACACCAGGACAGGUUUACACCUUCCGAAGAAGGGUAACCCCCCCCUUCCCUGCCAGCAUACGACCAAAGUUCCCACCGAGGUUGGUUACCCGAUCUUAACUAAGGUUACUCGUAUCCCAGUCGACGCCACGAGGAGGCCAGGGCUAGGAGUUACUGGGCAGGAAGCUAAGGACCGCAAGUGGGGUCUAUUUUAUGCCUUCAGGUACAAGAGGCUUACGCACUGCCCAGUCAUUGUCGACCAAAGAAGAAACUCUCAUAACAAGCUUUGAUGCAUACGAUGAUACUCCAGUGUAACUGCUUGGCUCAAUCUUCAAAAAUUCACACACACAAUAAAAAUCAUCCGUUGACCUUUAGCAAUAACUAUUUAUGGAGAGAGCCAUGAAGCAGGACCUGCUUUCUGUUUGAUGAUAUAUCUGUUUAACAUUUAUCCCGCUUUCAAUUAAAUUCUACAACGAGUAGAAAAUUGAACCAGAUUCUAACUCCACAUGCUGCCAAAAUGCAUGGGGUGAGAAUCUGAUUCAGUUUCGGGAUCAAGCAUAAUUAGAAUCUCUGUCCUUCGUCUUCGACAAGCAAUGUCCGUUUUUUGUAGGAGAAAAACCCCUGUGACCAGUGUUUAGAUCUAUUGUGGUAUGUCCCUUCCUCAAUCUAAGUGUACCAUUUACUACGACAUAUAACUAAAGAUAAGUGAUUGAGAUACACGCUCUUCCCAGUUAGGCACACAACUUCGUAUGAAAUUUAUCUGUUUGGGAUUUGCAGUCCAGUUAUCAAAAGGCUCCAAUGUUCCUUUGCCAUGGUAUCUUAGUCUGCAUUGCAUCAAUGCACUUCAUUUGCAGAGCAGAUGCUCUGAUGUUUCACUUUCAGAUCCGCAGACGCGGCAUAUAUCGUUUGUAAGCUUACCAAUUUUCUUAGGAUGAUAUUUACUCGGACAGUGUUCGGUUACCAGUCCUGUCAUGAUGCAUAGCUCGUUUUGUUUAGUCUAAGCAUCUCCAGGCUUUUUUUCUCGUUGGGUGAGAUAAAUUUCUUUGAAUAUCGUAGUCCAGGUAUGGUACUCCAAUUGUUCUUUAAAGCUGCAAUUUUACACUUCUAUUUUGUGGGCAUUCGAUGAGACUCCACAGAAUGGUUCUGGGUCGAUUAAAUUAGUGGAACUCAUCGUCGUUUUCAUUGCCUGCAACUCCACAAUGUCCAGGAAUCCAGUAAAAACUUACAUGAUUUUUCUCCGCUAAUUGUAGAAGUACAAAAAUUCACUCCCAUAGUAGUUUUGAGCAACAUGUAAGUGCCUUUAAUGCAUUGAGCGAAGCCUGACUAUGAAAAUGCAGAUAUUUGCACACCGGUAUUUUCUUUUCAGACAUAUGUAGGUGCAUUUUAGAAUAUCAUGUAUUUUGCUUGAAACACUGUCGGCCAGAAUCUCAUGGGGACACUUAGCAGUACACUCUUUGAAAAAGAAGAAAGAAAAUAAGAUACGAUUCGACCGAACUGAAUGUGUAUGAUUUCAAAACGGGAGGUUGGAGUCCUUGAUGAAUCGGGUUCGUCAUCCAUUUUAUCAUCAACUGGGUCUAUUCAGGAGAGUUUAUUUAUGCACUAGCCAGGAGCCCGGUACAAAAUGAAAACUCAAAGAAAAUGAAGGAAAAAUCACAAAUUACAACAGAUAUGAUAAAUUGAAAGACAAAUCAGAGGAUAGUAAAGCAAAAAUGAAGUCACGUAUCUUCACUCGAUGUCCAACUGGAUGCUACUGAUUUUUUAUCAACUGGAACGAAGAAUUUAUACAAUUUCUAAACAGCAAUAGAUCAUAAAAGAAUCUCUGUGUCACCCGCAUGAGAAAAUAGCUGGGUUGGUAAUGUCUGGGAAACAACUGGAAUGUUGUGACUGCAGUUGGACUGGUAAUUCGAAUCCAAUAAUAUGUAUCGUAAUCACUAAACCAACCGCUAGGUCACGAAUCUUGAAUAUCGAGUAUCGAAUACGAAUAUCAAGAUUUGCGGCUGGAAUUUAUUUGAAAUGAUGGGAUGGGUGUUUUAAACAUCACAUAUCUCAAUACUACUUUCCCGCCCUGCGUACGUGUUGCUAGCAGAGUUGUGAAAAAAUCGAAGCUAUAUUUUGACAGCUGAAAAUAAACCGUGCUAAAUGGAUUAAAUAUCCCUUCUAAAAAUCCUCCUGACUCAAUCAAUUAAAUAUCGUACAAUUAUGUCCAGGUUACUAAACAAUUCAACCAUAAUUCAAUUUAGAGUUCCUAGUAAGAGUGGAAAAAGGUGGUAUAGCCAGUUUGCUUAUAGCUUUCGUGGGAGCAGGUGUCAAGGUUGGCGUGGGGUACAUUUGUACCCCAGUGUACGGUUGCCGUUAGUGUUUCGUCAGGUUUCGCGCUGUCAGUGAAAAUGUGACUCGUAACAAUACUAAUUUAAAUAGUGGUUUUUUCACUACGUUAGUAAUAAUUAGUAUCAUAUAAUCGUUUUUAAUCAUUUAGUCAAUUAAUAUAAUUUAAUUUUGAAGUAGAAAAAAAAAUCGUUCUCAUUUUUGCUGAUUUUUAUUGUUUAUUUUUUAUAGUUUUUCAAAACAAUGGCUCGCAAGUAUAAUUUGCGCACAGUAACUGCUGUAACAGUAACGUCACGUGUUACCAUUACUGAUCAGAAAUAUUUUUUUCAUUUCAAUUUCCACCCCAUUUCGUGGUAUUUUCUAUAACCCGAUUCUUAAACUUUUCACUGUUCCAAAUAAUUGCACUUUUUUAAACAUAUUGAAAUUCUACUUUAUAUCGUUUCUAGACCAUUCUUUCAAUUAUUAGAAUCAUUUGAUUUUUUUUAAAUCGGUUGAAAAUUCGCAAAGUUGUAGUAUUUUUUGUGAAAAAAGUCAGAACCGCGAUUUCUUCAGUUUUGUUUUAUUCAAACCAAUUUAUGUAUCAUUGAUUCAAUAAAUUCCGUACUUUUACUAACACAGCUGUUUUUACAAUUAGAAAACGAAGAAAAUUAUGUAUUAUACCUUUCUUUUAUUUGCAUUUUUACCUGCGAAAAUUGUGAUCAAACGCGUGGGGUACAUGUGUACCCUAGUGAAACGUUCUAAUAAAGUGCGGAAAAAGCUUGGAACGUGCUUAAAACGAAGACCAAUUUGCGAUUCCCAUAUGAAUUUUAAGGUUCGCAUAACUACCUAAACAUUGGGCUAUUUAGAGUACUAAUCCAGAUCUGGAUUGAAGUUUCUGAAGUUAAAAAUUAACCUUUCUUUUUAUAAUAUCUUUUAUCAUUUACCAAAAUAUCAAAGGUAGCUCUGCACUUACAUCGUCUGAGUGGUCAUCGAUUGAAUUCCUGGUUCCUAACUGUUUAAAGGAUAAUUGCUUGGAUUGUCGAAGUCGCCAAAAUGAACCUAACUAAUUUAAUGUAUGAUGCCUUGAUAUCGGUACCGUUUUCAUCAUAUACAUUGAAAUUAACUUCAAGGCAGGCACAUGACGUACUACCCACUAGAAAAUUUCGUAGUGGGUAAUUAUCCAGUCAAAACAUUGAAACAAACCUAAAAUUUGGGUUUCUGCCUCGCAUGUGUCUUGCGCAUACAAUGCGGGCGUUUGCAAUUUUCUAUAUCCUCGAUUCCAUUUGCACAAACGAAUUGCGAGUGAUUUUAUGGAAUGCAUAUGUACUGGAAAAAUUGACAGACAUUUUAAUUAGUAAUAAACCCCUCCCCCUGCGCUUACUACUAUAUUGAACAGGUGCUAAUUGAAAAACUGUUAAGGUAUUAGCGGGUUUAUUCGAUAUGUGCUUUGAAGCGGGUGUGAAUCAUUUCCAUUCAUUUCCCAAAUCGAGACUGUUUCACUAGCCAAAGCAGCUAUCAUCAAAGAUGGAAUCCACUUAUCAUAAAAUUCGAUAAAAUCCAAGAUCAUAUAUGCGACCUAAAACCGAUUCAUUCCUAAUUCGAAAACUAGCACCCAAAUACAAAAAUACACCUCGUCACAACUUAAACAGAUUCAGCAUUAAAACCAACUCGAAAAGACAUAGAAAAAAUACACACACACUCUCACGCAACCAGAACAAAUAUAUUAGAUAAUUAAUGAAAACCAGCAGAAACAUAAAUGUGUUUUAUAGAAGAAAGAGAAAAAUAGAUAAAAAUUUUACAUAACAAAAACAAAAGGAAAACAAUUGCAGAAAACCAAACCAAAAAAAUGAAAAUCGUACCGUAGAUGAAAAAAAAGUUAUAAAAAAGGAAAAAAUAAGAAAAAAUUGUUAAGUACAGUUAUCUAAUUCUACAGCAAAGCAUUAAGAGAAAUCAAAGGAAAAAUAAUGAAUGAAGGCUAGACAUGAACAGAGUUCACCAAAAUUACCAGUAUGGAUGUAUUCAGUUGACUUUACGUUGAGUUUUUUAACUGGGUUCUACUAAACGUUAACCGAAAACAUACACUUACACGCAAACCGAGACCCACAGAAAAAGAAACACGGAGAUCGAGAGAGUUUACGUAGUAACUACAGAAAAAACAGUGGAUAAACAUUUAAUAGCAAUCGCCCCCGCCACAGAAUCGAAUAAGAACAAAAAACAUAAUUGUAACGAAUAACAAAGUAAAAUAAUUAAAAAAAUAGUUCAAGCAAAAAAAAACCCCACCACAGGGUAAGUUCCGACUGUAGCGGGUGUUGGAGUUAAUACUCGCCUACAGCGGCGGAACGAACCGACCGGGCACGGGGGGAAAAAUCUCGAAGCCUAUCGACAGGCACGCACAUAAGUAAUGGUUAUACUGUAAUACAGACAUUAACGUACACAAACACACGCAGUGGGAAAAAAACACACACAUACAUACAUACAUUCACACGAAAAACCGAAUCAUUGAAGAAAUAGAUUGGUAACAAGUACUACACAUUAAAUUACAAUGUAGCACGUUAAGGCGAAACGAAUUACCAGUAAUCGGAAUGAAAGCAGAACAGGCAUGGAAAACAAAUAAUCGAGUUCAAGAGCAAACAAUGGGAUGGAAAAUCACAGAAAGCCCUGAACUUUUUAGUUUGUAGAGCUGUUUGUUACCUAUGUUCAGUGAAUAAGAGGAGAAAAAAUAAAAAAAGUAUAUAUACGAUGUAUUAGUAGGAAUUUACUCUGAUUGAAAAUUGUUGCAAAUCGGAUCCACGGAAGAGUAGAUUAAUAUUAAACAAAUAGGAAAAAAAUAAAUGAGAGCAACUCACCCAACACAUACUUAAGAAAAGUAAAAAAAAGUCUAUAUCUAAGCAUUAAUCUGGAGAAGAAAAAAAACUAGGAAAUUAAACAAGUAAACAAGUGACAGGUGGCAAGGAAAUACACGAACUACUAGGAAAAAGUGAUCCAAUCCAAGAAGGAGCAGUUGAGAAGAUCAAACAACUAAACAAAAACCAAAAAAAAAAAAUACUGAAGAAACUAAGAUAUUUGUUUUUCGUCGAAUUGAGGCUAAUUUGUAUAUAAUUUCAUCGCUUCUGUAUACUUUUAAACAAUGCUGUUCAUAUUUAGGAAGGUAAUCAACAACAAUGCCAACCGAAAAGAAAAAAACAAAGUGGAAAAUGGAGUGGAAAACUAUGAUUAAAGAGAAUAACAUGAAAGAAAAAUAAUAACGAUUUGUUUAUUAUUUCUAGAGAAACAAAUGCGCGGAUGCGCGCAGGGGUAUAAAAAAGUUGAAAAGGAAUAAAGAGUAAAUAUCCGAAAU